AUGUCAUCAGCACAUCGAAAAUGCCCUUUGAGUGGUUUGUUUGGCACUCCACCAUCAAUCAAUUUUUUUUCGCCUUCUUCCGCUGACACGAACAUACUUCUUGUUGCAAGUAAUGCUAUUAUUGAUGAUGCUGCCACAGCUUGUGAACAAUUCUCGCCAGAAGUUUUUAGCUCACAACAAUUGCAACAACAAUCAUCAACGACAAUAAUUACAGAAGCUCAAGUAAUGAAUGAUCAAUUAGCACCAUUUAUAGCUGGUACUUUAAAAACGGUCGAUUCAGAUGUUCUCGAUUGUAAUUCAUUUCAAAUAGGAUUCAUGGAAGAUUCCGAUCAUCACACGGUUUCACCACCUUUUGAAAUCUUACAAUAUCCGAUUGAAGUGAAGGAAAGUAAAGAUGCAAUUCAUCGACAACUCACAAAUAGGCGUCGACAUUCUGGAAAACCGCGUCGACAUUCUCUACAGGCUCGGAUGGAAUCAGCGCACUAUGAUGGUGAUUCUCCACUUCUGCAGAUUAAUGCACUCGGGAUGGAUGAAAAUGUGAAUUCUCGUUCUCGAUCACCGCAACAUGUGGAAAUGUAUACAUUUCGUGAUGCUGUCGAUGUCAAUUAUCAACGAAUGGCAAUAACAGGAGAGGAGCUUUCUGGGGUCCCAUUGGAAGAUUUAAAGGAAUCAGCUCGAGAAUUGACUGAGGCAUUAAUGCUACGCAAAGAAUAUAUGGAACGUAUUGGAAAUCAAUUUCCGUUAACUACAAAAAAUUUUCUUUCUGGUCACUACCCAAAAAAUUUGCCAAGAUAUCGACGGAAAAACAUCGAAAUAAAGUCCUCACAUGACGUCUCAAAGGAUGCAGUGCCAGCAGCAUCGGAUAAGGAAUCACAUCCGGAAGCGACACAAACGUCGUAUAAUCCACCUCUCCCACCAGAAGAUCAUUGGGGUUUGAAUAUACCAUUACCAAAAUAUGAAAAAAUCUAUGUAUUGAAAAGAAAUCAUGGCAUGGUGGAGAUUCUAAAUGAAGAUGGAAAAAUACCAGAUCAAUUUCGGCAUGCGUAUGUUUCAAAAGAGAAAUUUUUGCGAGAUUUGGAAAAACUUUCUGUAAUGAUUGCAAAUGGACCGUUGAAAAGUUUUUGUUUCCGACGGCUGUGCUACUUACAUAACAAAUUCCAGUUGCAUACAUUGAUGAAUGAGAUUCGAGAGCAGCACGAACAAAAGUCUGUGCCACAUCGCGAUUUUUACAAUAUCAGAAAAGCAAGUUUUUGUGUUCUGUUAUUAUAG